AAGGCCAAGCGGCUUAAGGACGCGGCGAACAGCCACACUCAGCUUCCGGUCCGGCCGGAGGAGCCUCGCCGCCCCUCUCAUCGGAAGGGGCGGACGGAGCUCCUGCUCCCCUUCGGGUCAGCAGACGCGACUGACGCCCGCGAAACACUCUGUGUAAGGAGGUAGCCGAGAACCUUCCUCCGACCCAGACCUGCAAAGACACUGCAGGGUCGGGCAGGGCGAGGAAGGAGCGCAGCUGCGGCAAUCUCCCGGACGUUGAGCGCUUUGUUUCCGUGGGGAAGAUAUUACGAGACGGAAGGGGACGCGACGCAUCCUGCUUAUCUAUGAAAUGCAGUUAACACAUCAGCUGGACCUAUUUCCUGAAUACAGGGUGACCCUUCUGUUAUUUAAAGAUGUAAAAAAUGCUGCGGACUUGAGAAAAAAGGCCAUGGAAGGUGCCAUUGAUGGCUCAUUAAUAAACCCUACAGUGAUUGUUGAUCCAUUUCAGAUAAUUGUGGCCGCAAACAAAGCAGUUCACCUCUACAAACUGGGGAAGAUGAAGACAAGAACUCUAUCCACUGAAGUUAUUUUCAAUCUUUCCCCAAAUAACAAUAUUUCAGAGGCCUUGAAAAAAUUUGGUAUCUCAGCAAAUGAUACUUCAGUUUUGAUUGCUUAUAUUGAAGAGGGUGAAAAACAAAUAAAUCAAGAAUACCUGAUAUCUCAGGUAGAAGGUCAUCAGGUUCCUCUGAAAAAUCUCCCUGAAAUAACAAAUAUUACAGAAGUCAAAAAGGUAUAUAAACUAUCUAAACAAGAAGAAAGUAUUGGAACAUUAUUGGAUGGUAUAAUUUGUAGAAUGUCAACAAAAGAUGUUUUGUGAAAUGACAGAAAUAUUAAAAAAUUUUCAGCUUUUAUAAAAAA